AUGGGGCAGCAGUCGCUGAUCUACGCGUUCGUGGCCCGUGGCACGGUCAUACUGACCGAGUACACGGAGUUCACCGGCAACUUCACCACCAUCGCCUCCCAGUGCCUCAUGAAGCUCCCCGCAAGCAACAACAAGUUCACCUACAACUGCGACGGCCACACCUUCAAUUACCUCGUGGAAGACGGAUUCACAUACUGUGUUGUUGCUGUUGAAUCGGUGGGACAACAAAUUCCCAUUGCUUUCAUGGAUAGGGUUAAGGAGGAUUUCACAAAAAGGUAUGGUGGUGGGAAAGCUGCUACUGCCGCAGCUAACAGCCUCAACCGAGAGUUCGGAUCAAAACUUAAAGAGCACAUGCAGUAUUGUGUGGAUCACCCUGAAGAGGUUAGCAAGCUGGCCAAAGUGAAGGCGCAGGUUUCAGAAGUCAAGGGUGUUAUGAUGGAAAACAUUGAAAAGGUUCUAGAUCGUGGAGAGAAGAUUGAGCUGCUUGUCGACAAGACUGAGAAUCUGCGCUCACAGGCACAAGAUUUCAGACAGCAAGGAACAAAUGUGAGGAGAAAGAUGUGGUUACAGAACAUGAAAAUCAAGCUCAUCGUCCUGGGAAUAAUCAUUGCACUUAUUCUGAUCAUUAUCCUCUCUGUCUGUCAUGGUUUCAAAUGCCAUUAA